UAUUGCAAACAGCAUCAUUGUUAUCGUUGUUAAGGGCACUGGUAUGUGUUCCAAAUAUGUCUCUGCAUGUUUCUUUUCAGGACCUGCACGGUUUAUGAAUUUGACGGACACUUUUUUUAUUUAUUUAUUCCAGGCAAAUGAGUAUGUUUUAGAAUUUGACGAAAUGAUCAAUACCAGGAGGAGUACCAUAGAGGUAUACAAUUUUCAUAAUAAAAAUUCAGGCUCCUAAAAGAGUUUUCUAGCAAUUGAAACCCUAAACAUCAGUUGAGACCUCAGGCUAGGCUCUAUCUGCAUUCUUAGUACGAAUUGUCUAUACGAGACAGGCUAAUUAAGAUCUGGAAAUAUUUUAUGUAAUUGUAGGAGGCUGUAACUAUGUUUGAAGAUUUCAUCAUAAAAAUCAAGAACGUCACAAAAGACAAGGCUGGCAUGGAAGAGGUUAAAACGCUAAGAAUAUCCGUCUUUAAAGUGGCAAAAGCCUUCGAGAAAUUUGCCCUUAAUUAUGGCAAGCAACGCCUGAGCGGAAUGAGACCUUUCGAGAGGUUCGUUUUCUCAAAAAUAGGUGAGGUUACGGCCUACAAUUCUGUUUAGUUUUAAAGUGUAUUCCUCUGUUACUUACUGACUUGUUGACCAACGGACUGAAUUGUGUUAGUUCCUAGACGAUGUAAGAACUCACUGUAAACCUAACCUUUUAGAAAUGUUGUUGUAUGUCAUCGACUCAUUUUUUUUAAAAUUUCUUUGACGCUUUAAUUUUUUGCAGUGGAGAGGAAAAUUAGAGGUAUUCUUGAACAAUCAAGAAGAGAAAAAAGGAAUCCUUCAAAAUUUUAAAACCCUUCUUCUCGCUCUGUUUUUGCAAUUUAUCCUUAAUAAUAAAGUAUAUUUGUGAGCAGAAAUUACUACUGGAAUAAUCAAAUCUUGCAAAUAUUUCCCUUUACUUCAUACUAUGCACUGAGCUCAAAAUUGGUAUAUCGUCUGCGAUGUAUAUAAAUCCCUGCUUUUUAAGCGCACUCGUAAAAAUUAAAAAAAAAAACUAAUGAACGCUAAUUUUCUCUGCUGAAACGGGGAACGACAUUUCAGAAAUGAUUUUUCACAAUUUUAGUCCGUGUAGAAAUACUCACAUUUUUAUUCAGUUUUCCUUUAAAAAAGCGUUUUUAAAAUGGUUGUAUUCGUUGGAGAGUCAUGAAAGGGUAAAUACAAUACAAACAAUACACUUCCAUCCAAUAUGAUUAUAAAGUACACCGCAAAACGUAUGUUGUCUAUAAGUAUUGUUUUUCCGACAGUUUUGGUAAUUCAAAAAGCCUAUCGCUUGAAUGCGAGUGACUUCAGCUUUGAGGUACAACAAUGGCAUACGAGAAUCAAUAUUGCCACUUCAAACUUUGAGGAAAAUGGUUCGUAUUAAAUAAGGUGUUACCUAUACAGCUUUUAGUUCCCUUAAUUUCUCUAGUGGGAUUUUAUAUAUCGAGAUAAAACCUUAAGAAUGAGCUUCAUUAGUUUACAUAGUCUAUUUUCUUUCAUCAUCCGCCUUCCCUCUGAUGUCACAUCCUCAGAGCCUAAAGAAAAUUUGAAUAUUGCGUGCCUUUUGCUGUUUGAUUCCUUUUUUUGUUGUUUUGGGGGGGUUAAGGAUCAUUGGUAGUUGCGUUCGUGUACAAGGAUCUGCAUGACCUACUUCUGACAGAUCAAGCUAUCAGGAGUGAAACAGACAACAAAAGGUGAUGCUAUUUUCCUAUUAUUGUAUGUCGCUUUCCAUGGAAAUACGUAACACGGAAACACAUAAGAUCUACGUUCAACUAACCUGAACUUAGACACUUUCCAAAACCUUAACUGGGGUUGGAAGUUUCCCUGCCUGUCUCAGACCAUUCCAUCUUCAUGAAAAAUUCGCUUCAAUAUGCCAAAGGUACACGAUGUUACUUCUUUGGUUCUGAUUUAUUUUUAAAUAAAUUUCCUUCAUAGUUAUAUCAACUCCAAGAUAAUGGCCAUAGCUAUGGACCCCAAGCCAAACAAGUUGCGAGUAAAUGUCAUCCUAAAGUUCGAAAAUCUGAAGGUAAAAUUAAAAUAAGUUGUUAUGCAUUGUUUUGAUUUAUUUUGACAUGAUAAAAAUCUAUUUUCAGGUUUCGACAGCAGAGAAGCGCUGUAUGUUUUGGAGUGACUUUAACACAAGGUAAAAAACUGCAAUAUAUUAUUGUAUAGUAUUUAUUCAUUGUUCAGGUUAACAAUUUCCUGGUAGCUAAGAUGUUGUCUUUUUUCGUAAAGUCCGACUAAAAUGUUCUCCCAACUAAGACACUACAACCAUAACGUAAAAUUACCGAACAUCACCUCUUCCCCAAACAGUGUUUAAUUUUGUGCGCUUUGUUAACUUUACUUUUUUUAUAGGUCAGAAGGCUUUUCAGAGGAAGGAUGCCAUGUAGUUUCAUUGAAAAGCAACUCAGAAGAAACAGUUUGCAGCUGCAAUCAUUUGACGCAUUUUGCCGUCUUAAUGAACUACGACGGUAGCACAAAGGUAAUCAAAAGCCAAAAUAAUGUAACUAACAUUUAACUAACUCAAUGUUCUUAUUUAAAUUUUUUCUUUUUGACACAGCUCGCCGAAGAGGACGAAACAGCUCUGAAAAUUAUCACCCACGUCGGACUAAGCCUUUCCAUCGUCGGGAUCCUUUUAACAUUAAUACUUUAUUCUUGCCUCACGUAAGUAAUCUACCUGAAUAUCAGUGAGGUAGAUUCUUGACUUCCCUCAACUAUGCUAGAGAGAAAAGAGAUCUCAGUGCAAAUCUCCAUGCCAAUAAAAACACACAUGUCGGGUAACUCAAAAAUUCAAAUUACAUUCCAUGCCCCAUAAAGAACGCUUGAACAACUCAUAGUUUCAUUGUUUAUGAAUUGCUUAGGGUUUAGUCAUUUCCCUCGUGAUACUUUCUUUUUUGUACUUUCUGGAGCUAUUUACUGAAGUUUUUUCUUUCCUUUCCCGUCAGAAUUUUACUUGAUUUCUUUGGCCAUAUUUUACUGUUCAUUAUAAUUAAUUCAAUUCUCUUCUUUCUUGUGCUUAGUGUCUUUAGUGUAUUGUUGUUAUUGUUGUUGUUGCUUUUCUCUAAUUCAUUCUUUUUAUUUUUACUAUUAUUACUAUUUUUUUUACUAUUUCAUCAGAGAUGUUGGUCAACCUCUCUCCCAAAUUCGAAUGAGUGUUUCUAUGUCCCUUGGAGCUGGACAGAUCAUCUUCCUCGCCGGAAUAAACGCCACAGAAAACAAAGUUAGUGGCCCCUUUUUCUAUCCAUGGAAUGAAUUUCCCCGUUGCACCGUAAAUAUCUUGUCGAAAGGAGCGUCAUAAGUAUACGAAAACUCUUUCUUUCCACAGGCUGCCUGUGUUACAAUAGCAGCUCUGAUGCAGUAUUUCUUGAUGGCCGCUUUCUGUUGGAUGCUGAUAGAGGGAAUAUUUCUCUACCUUUUCGUUGUGAAAGUUUACAACAUCAACAGCAAGAUGUAUAUGUAUCACGUCAUCUCAUGGGGUAAGUCCAUUAUUUCACAACAUACACUAGUGACUUUAACCCUGCUUUCGGAUCACUAAAUAUGAUGUUGUCAUCCAGCGAAGUUUUACGAUUUCCUUCCUUUCUCUAUGGGUAGGUCUUCCAGUGAUCAUGGUGGCCAUGUCACUUGGCAUUGCUGCUGGAAAAGAAGGGUUACAAAGCUACACGAGUGAUAAAUAGUAAGAAAAAAAUUCAAGGGUUUCUUCUUACUCUUCUCCUUUUAAUUUGUUGCAUUUAAUUGUUUGUUUUGUUUUUGCACAUAUUUUGAGAUUGGCAUCAUUUCGUUUGCUAAAAAUUUGUGUUUCUUUCCUGUGUUUCACUUCUUCGAGUUUAGUUGCUGGCUUUCCUCGACUAACAACCUGAUCUGGAUAUUCGUCGCCUUUGUAGCUUUCAUUGAAAUUGUGAGUUUAUGAUUAGUGUUGGUGAUUUUGAUUGGUGAUUGUCAUUGGUAUACUUGGACUACUUGCUGCUAAAGAUUUUUUUCUCUGCUCUUUAAAAAACGAUUUAAGUAUUUAUUAUAUGACCCCGCAUAAUAUUUACCAUUUUCCUUUUCCUAUUUACUCACAAUAAACUUUGGACGUAGCUGCUUGUCGAGGAUGCUUGUCGAUUUUAACCUACUGAUGGCCUUUAACAGUGAGAAAAACCUGUUGAGACAAUGUAUUUACAAGCAUAAGAUAGCUUCGUGAAUUAUCCAACUUUUACUACAUAGUAUGAAGAAAAAAAUUCUACUCCCUCCCUGUUGAUGGUUUCUCACUGUUUCACAUUGAUAUAUUAAGAUUGUUUUUCGCGCAAGAAUAACUAAUUUAAAAAAACGUUGAACAGGAAGAAAGUAGCAGGAAGAGUAGAAGAUUGUAAAUUUAUAUAAUUUAACGCUAGGAUUCACUUGACAUAGUUCAUUCAGUUAAGACUCUUUACCUCGCGAUUUCUUUAGCUCAUUAUUGUCAGAUAAUCGAAGCUCAUAAUCUAGGUCCCCCGGUUGUGAGUUCUAUUUCCUGUCAAUGACUCUUUUAUCCAAAGCUUGUUACCAAACAAGUAACGUCUCUGUCAAGGAUCCUCUCCUGCUUUGGCUACUCGAUAACCAUAUCUAGAUAAUCAAUUUAUUUCUAUUGUAUUCUUCAGCUCAACAUCUUGAUACUCAUACGAGUCAUAAGGGAGAUGACCAAUUUGUUGCAGCCAACAGGGGAAGACAACCAUCUUCAGCAAAUAGGGUAGGAUUUACAACAUAAAACUAAAACAAUAUAGCCUCCUGUGAGGCUAUAUUCCCCAGACUUCCUCUUUCAUUAAUCAGUCAGGCCUUACUAUAUCUAACAAUGAAAAUCCAUUUUCAACGAAAGUUAUGGAAUAUUUUUUCUUAAUUCCUAGAAUUGGCAUCAAGGCAAGCGUGGUGAUGAUUCCCUUGCUGGGUGUCACGUGGCUAUUCGGUCUCCUCUCGCCUGUACAUAAAGCUUUCGCUUACACCUUCACCAUACUUAACUCUGCUCAGGUCAGUGUUCAAUGAUAUCUCUCAAAAUCGUUCAAUAUCUAUUAUGUUACUUUCUAACCAAGUGAGACACCGUUACAAUGGUCAUAUGAUAUUUUUUGGAAUUUUGAAAACAAAAAGCUGUUAACUAUGCAAGAGAAGACAGAUUUCUUUUUCCAUUAUAAGAUAUGCAAUUUUCCUUCCUUCUUGGAAAUCUUAAUAGAUAUCUGACUAAUUUAUUUGCAUAUUGUAAAAAUUAAUGAUCUUGAAAUCAUAUUUAUGCUGCAGGGUUUCCUGAUUUUCGCUCUACACUGUAUGCGAAACACUCAGGUAAGAAAAAACAUCAAACUGAUUAUUAACUUUUAGUAUUUCGAUAGAUAUCCGAGUACUAGUACUAAGAACCGUAUUUUAUAUUGCUUGUCUAUCUGCAGAUCAAAGAGCGAUUCAAAAGAAAAAUGAAUAUCGUUUUUCCAUCUUCUAUAAAGAACAACUAUUCAAGGAAGAGCUCACGGGUCAAUCCAAGUGAGGUUGGGGAUAUAUGGGCAGUCGAAUUGCAGUCUUUUGCUAAAUUUGAAUCGAAAUCGCACUUAACUUAAAUAAGUGGAUAUAGCCAACCGGAAAAGACAGUCAAAUUCUUGGUACAAACACUUAGUUAACAGCGAUUAGUCGGUUGCGAUCGGUCUGAGUUACGAUCUGCAGCUAAAAGAGGUCAUUCUGUUCAUCUUUGUUUAAGCACCCAACUAGUUGUAAACGUAACCUAACUUCUUCAUGAUUAUAAGGUUAUUCUCUCAGCAAUCGGAUAGAUGCGGGCAAGAUUCGACGACAUAAACCAAUCUAUCAAUUUAAAUUUCUAAUGGCUCAGUAUGCUGACGACUGUCCUUCGAAUAAGGUUAGAACGUGCCAGGAAAUCAUGGCUCGUUUUCCUUUAAAAAAAAAGCUGUGUGUAUUUAAUUUUUUGAUUCUUACACGCCAACUCUCUGCGCUUGCUGCAUGAUUAUUUCAUAUUCGGCGUUUUACUUAUUGAGUUAACAAAUUUUUCAUCAAACAUUAUUAUUACUAUUAACAAUAAGCCAUGGAUAAUAACUGAAAAUAUAAGUUUCUAUAAAUUUCGAGAAUGGCUAUGUAUUCCAAGGAACUUUCUAGAGCACUCUAUUAGGUUUCGUAGAUAUGAUGUAACACUACCAAUACAGUUAUGUUGUAAGCUUCCAGAAUUUUCUGGAAUACUUUGUACAUAAGGACUGAGUCGUGUAGCAGUAGUACUUAUUGUUGUCGGGAGUGAAUGAUUUUUCAGAAAGCUGUAACGAAAGAGAGCUACUGUGGAAGAUUGUUAAUUUAGGUGAACUUUGGAGACAACUGUGAGAUUGUGUCAAUACUGAGCUAAGAUAUAGUUUGUAGUGGGCUUCUUUAAGUUUAUUUAAGGAUAAUUACUCUACUUCCUUUAAGAGUCGCUCAUUGAUAGGAAUAUUACAAGUUGUUUGAUAAAGUAGUUAGGUUUGUUGAUAAAUAAUGCUCUUUCCAUCGGACGUUCGCGAGGGUCCACUGUAUCCUUAAAAAUGUUUCCCUCGUGUAACAAGUUUUGUUCAGCUGGUUGGUAAAUUGCACAGAUGCUGUACUUUAUUUAAAUUUCUCCGUCUGCUCCCUGAGGAAGGAAAUAAAAAUCAUGGGUAGAUUUU